GAAUUGACCAAUGGGAGAUGUCCCUAAACCUCAGCACACCUUACGCCGAUCGUGAUAAUUUAAUAAUUUGGGACCACAACUUGGAACUCAUACCCUUCCAAACCUUCAAAGCUCAAAAAACCACUUUAAACAUCCCGAGAUCUACCCCGGUUUGCCCGUGCCGCCUACGCAUUGUAACAUACCAGCAUAUCUAUGAUAGUCGCUUAAAUUAAAAAUCAACUGACACACCAGCCUUCCCCCCCCCUCCCCCCCUCCCCUGAUUUCGUCACGUUCGAGAAACACCAUGGCGGCCUUACGACCUUCCUUCCGCAUCGCGGCGCGCCUAUCCCAACGAGCGCACCACCUCGGAGCAGCAAGAGCAGCAGUAGCAGCGCCUCGCCUCCUACGAUGUAACAACCCGCGCCCCUACUCCACCGCCGAAGUCGAGGCCGCCCCGCCAGUGCCGCCGCUGCUCCAGAAACUCCGGGCCGACCUCAAGACAGCCAUGCGCGCAAAGGACGCCCCCCGCCUAACCGCGAUCCGCACGAUCCUCGCCCUGACGCAAAGCGCCGCCAAGAGCUCCGAGCCCAUCACCACAGACGCGCAGCUCGUCGGGCUGCUGAAGAAAUCCUCGCGCGCCGCCUCCGACGCCUCGGCCGAGUUCGCCGCCGCCGCGCGCCAGGACCUCGUCGACAAGGAGGAGGCGCAGAGGGCCGUGUACGACGAGUACAUCGCGUCGAGCGGCGUCGCGAAGGUCUCCGAGGCGGAGCUGCGCGCCGUCGUGGACCUGGCCGUCGUCGAGGAAGGGGGGGCAGAGAAGAAGCCGCGCAUGCCCGCCCUCCUGAAGGUGCUCAUGGCCCCCGGGGGCCCGCUCGACGGCAAGGACUACGAUAAGGCGGUGCUGGUCAGGAUUGUGAAGGAGGUACUGGAGAGCUAGCCGACGAAUGAAUGAAUGAAUGAAUAUCCUACUCAAAAAGGAAGGAGAAAGAGAGAGAGAGAGAGUUAACUUAGCUACCGGGAGAACUAAACAAGAUCUCCUUUGCGAAUGGGGAGCAAUACGAGCGAGCGCCGGUGUACUUGGAUUCAGAUACGACGAGAUAUACUUGACCUACCUUACCAACCUACCUAACCUUGAGUAGGUACGAUGUAUGUAUCACGUGUACACGAACACUCUGUACGAUUUCGACGAAAAAAAAAAAAGAAAAACACCAUCUUCACUCAUCCAGAGACACGAGAGAAAGAAUUCUAGCGUUUGCGCAUCCAAACUCUUCCCCUCCUUGUCUCCCUCCCCGCAGAAGUACA